AAUGGCUGAUUUUUUCUGUGUAUAACAAGAAAUCUGAAUGAAUGUUUAAUAUUUAGGCGUAUUUUUACACAAAUCUACACCAAAAUGGAAGCAGCUUUUGUGGAAGGGAUUGCUGCAUCGCUUGUGCGAGAAUAUUUAAGCAGAAAGGGAUUGCGAUCAACUUUAAAAAUCAUGGAUGAAGAAAUGCCCAGAUCAUCUGAUAGUAUAAGUAAUCGACAUGCCUUGAUGCAAGAACUUCAUAUUGAAAGAGCCAUGAAGAGAAAUAAAGAAAAGGACCAUCCAUUACGAGCUAUGAUAGAAGUUAUUGCUGAAUAUCAUAUUUUACAAUUAGAAAACGAGGAUUCUCUAUCGCCAUCUUAUUAUCCACAAACGGAUGUUCCUAGUCCAAUUAUUGACAAACCAAAGCAUGCUGCACCAAAAUUAUAUGAUUCCUCAAAAGCAACAGAGUAUCCAUCAUCACCAAAAUACAGACCUAAAACUGCUGGUCAGCUUGCUUCAUCAAAAUCAAGUAAAAUCCAUGCCAACUCUGAUCUUGUUAUAGAAGAUAAUUUAGAAAGUGAAACUUUAUUGGGUGACGGUAAAUCAGGUGUAUUUAACUCUGAUAUAAAUGAUACCAGUGAUGUUAUUUCUAAAACGAGACAAGCACGUUUAAUCAAUUCUAAACCUAGAGGAUUCUCUGCUGCUGUUAUCAGUAAUACAGAGGAUGCACCUAGAAGAAGAGUUCCUAAAUCCCGUCCAUUAUCUUCUAUCAAAUCAUCUCUGAAUACACAUUCUACAGAAGUCUCACAUACCGGUAGCACUACGCCUGGUAGACAUUACCAACAUAUGGAUUCAGACAUUGACCUAAGUUCUAGACAACAGUCGAGAACAAACUCUCAAAAAUCUCAAUUCAGUCUUGAAGAAUCACUUCACAUCUCAAAAAUAACUCCUCAAAAACAUGCUGUGAGCAUAACAGACAUAUUAGACAAUGCUGAGGCUAAAUCUAAUGGUUUGAGCCAAAAAAUAGAAUCUGUUGAAAAUAGUAGACGGUACAGUGUGGAGUUGUCAAGUAUGGCUGCCGACAGACCUGUCAGUAGAAGUCAUAACAAGAAAAUUGUGAGUGAACCAUCAGGUAAAACUGUGGUGGGUGAUGUAGAAUUUGGUGAUGUUGAUGAUCUAGAAAGUGAUCUGAAUGAUCUUAAACUCCAUUCAGUUCAACUACAAUCUCCAGUUGUUAGAAAUUUAAAUAAUAUUGAUAGUCAACCAAUAGAUACCAAGAAAGCCAUAGCUUUACGAACUCUGUUAUUUGGCUCGGCAUUGACAAGUUUUAAUGAUGAAUGGAAAUAUCAAAGUCUAAGUUUUUGUGAUAUACCAAAAUUACAGUAUGGCAUUGUUCAAAAAAAGGGUGGUGCAUGUGGUGUUUUAGCAGCUAUACAGGCAUGUAUGAUACAAGAAAUGUUAUUUGGUGAUAACAAACUAUCAUCAAAUAAAUGUUUUAGUCCAAGUAGAGAAGAAAGAUCUAAGUUUUUAGCAGCAGCUUUAUGUAAAAUAUUGUGGAGAGCUGGUGGAAAUUCUAAGGCAGUUGUUGCUUUGCCAUCAGGAAAAACUCACGUAAUAACCAGCAGUAAAUAUAAACCUGAUAAAUUAACAGAAACACUGAUGUUAUAUACAUUUAUUAAUUCAGAAGAUUUAUUAACUUUCUUAAAACAAAAUAUGUCUCAGUUUGAAACAGAUGGAUGUAGUGGAGCUGUUUUAGUUCUGUAUUCAGCUAUAUUAACUAAAGGCAUUAUCAAAGUUAUGGGAGAUUUUGAUGAACCAGGCUUAAAGUUAAUGGCAGCUCAUGGUUACUGUACACAAGAAAUGGUUAAUCUGUUAUUAACUGGCAGAGCUGUAUCUAAUGUAUUUAAUGAUGUAGUGGAACUAGAAUCAGGAGGUGUUACAACAACAUUAAAGGGGAUAUCAAGUAGAUCAGAUAUUGGUUUUCUUUCUCUAUUUGAGCAUUAUAAAUCUUGUCAGGUUGGAACUUUUUAUAAAACACCUAAAUAUCCUGUAUGGGUGGUGUGUAGUGAGAGCCAUUUUAGUGUUUUAUUUUCUACAAGAAGAGAAUUAGUUAAUGAUUGGAAAGCUGAAAGACGAUUUGAUUUAUAUUAUUAUGAUGGAUUAGCUCGUCAACAAGAAGAAAUUAAACUUACAAUAGAUACAACAAAUAGAUCAUUUAGAGCUCCAUCUGAUGACGAUCUAGUCCCUCCAAUAGAACACUGUAUUAGAACCAAGUGGGCAGAUGCAGAAGUAGAUUGGAAUGGUUAUGAACCAAUUUUAUAGAAUAAUAUGUAUAAGCUAUACUGUGAUGAUAAUGUUCAACAACUAUUUAUUGAUAUGAUGUGUAAGAAAUAUCACACAACCAUCCUUUCAUAUUGUGAUAUUAUUUACUACAAAAUAUCAAACAACCAUCUUUUCAUAUGGGGAUAUGAUUUACUAGAAAUAUCAAAUAACCAUCCUUUCAUAUGGUUUGUUAUAACUAGGAACAAAAUAUCCCUUCAGAUCAUGAUAUGGUUUGUUAGAACUGUCUAAAUAAUAUUCAUUUAUUCAUAUUGUGAUAUGGUUUGCUAGAACUAUCCAAUUAAUAUCCCUUUACAUUGUGAUAUGGCCUGUUAGAACUAUCCACCUAAUAUCCCUUCAUAUUGUGAUAUGGUUUACUAGAACUAUCCAACUAAUAUCCCCUUCAUAUUGUGAUAUGGCCUGUUAGAACUAUCCACCUAAUAUCCCUUCAUAUUGUAAUAUGGUUUACUAGAACUAUCCAACUAAUAUCCCCUUCAUAUUGUGAUAUGGCCUGUUAGAACUAUCCACCUAAUAUCCCUUCAUAUUGUGAUAUGGUUUACUAGAACUAUCCAACUAAUAUCCAUUCAUAUUGUUAUAUGGCCUGUUAGAACUAUCCACCUAAUAUCCCUUCAUAUUGUGAUAUGGUUUACUAGAACUAUCCAAUUAAUAUCCCUUUAUAUUGUGAUAUGGCCUGUUAGAACUAUCCACCUAAUAUCCCUUCAUAUUGUGAUAUGGUUUACUAGAACUAUCCAACUAAUAUUCCCUUCAUAUUGUGAUAUGGCCUGUUAGAACUAUCCACCUAAUAUCCCUUCAUAUUGUGAUAUGGUUUACUAGAACUAUCCAAUUAAUAUCCCUUCAUACUGUGAUAUGGUUUGCUAGAACUAUCCAACUAAUAUCCAUUCAUAUUGUGAUAUGAUAAGAACCAUCUCCAUCACAUUGUUACAAAUUGCAAGUUUCCUUAACAAUUAAAACAAUCUUUAUCGUAUUCUUUGUUUAAAGGAGCUAAUGAAUUGGAUUGAUGUUAUUUGUUAUUUUGAUUAGUGGGGGGGGGGGGGGCAAGCUCUAUAUGAUUAAUUUGUUAUUUUGAAAGAGUGUUAUAAUUUUAGUUAACUGUGUCAACAGAAAGUCAGAAUGGUUAUAUUUUUACACUGGUCUUAUCUAUGAGCAUAAAAUUUUCUUCUAAGACAGAUGGUCAUCCAACAAUACAAAUCAACAAUGAACUAAACAAUUUUAUAUUUGUGUCACAAGUGGUCUAGUCAUUUUGAAUUCUCAUCAGAUCAACAUAAUAAUUCUUUUAAAUUGGGUUACUGGAUCUGUCUGAUUAUUUCUGUACAUUUUUCUGUCCACCUGCUUUGUUUGAGAGAGUGUAGCGCACACGGUUGAGCUUGAGUGCCAUAAAAUGCCUGCAUCUUGAUCGAGAAGAGUUUUUUUGAUGAGCACCCCAGAAUUUCUGUAUUUUAUUUUAAAUAUUAUUUACAAGUGGUCACCAUGUAUGCUACUUAGAAUUAUCUUGACCUUAUGAAUGAAAGAAAUCAUCUCGUUGUGAGAUAACUCUUUAUUUACCAAAUCCUUCAUGUUCCAGAUUUGACUUUUGCAAAUUAAGGAGAGCAUUUUUCACCUCCCCAGUCAAAUAUAGAAUACAAUGGCUAGAGAGCCUUUAUUUUGUCAUACUCCUUUGUGGGAAAGAAAUAGAUUUUGAUUUGCGGGACAAACAAAAUUAUGUUUUGUAAUCUGUGUGAUGGAGACGUUAGGUUAUCGAUAUAUAUGUAUUUAUUUUUUUAUACUUCAACAUUCGAUAGGUUAUCAUAUACCAGUAUGUUUGUAUAUUUAUUUUCUGUAGAUUAUGGGUUAUUUCUUAAAUUUAGAUUUAUUUUCAUCUGCUGAUAUAGUAAAUUAUUUUAUAUAUUUUUUUGUAUUUCAAUCAACAUCCAUUUUACUCCUAUUUUCUACAAUAAUUUUCUGAUAAAAAAUUACACAAGAAUUAAACACUAAGAAAGGUCAAUUUAAUUUCUAGCUAUUUAUUAGGCAGCUGUUCACAGAACACUCAUCUUCACUGUGAGUGUCAAGUAUGAACAGUAUUGUAGCAUACUAACUCUUGACUGCAAAAGACCUGUUGAACUUGGGACAAAACUAAGGUGGUUGAGGUUUAAUGAAUACAAUCUUAGGUUCUUCCAUAGUUGAACAAUCAGGGCACUACUAAGGCUGUUGAGGUUGUAUGAAUACAAUCUUAGGUUUUUCCAUAGUUGAACAAUCAGAGCACUGUACUCUUGACUAGAAUGUCCUGGUUUUAAAUCUUGGUGUGAGUUGGGAAAAACCUUAAGGAUUUCUAGCGUAAUAUGAAUUCAAGUUUCCUUAAUCAAUAGUAUUUUUGUAUUACUUUGACAUUAUUUUUGGUUCUCAGGAGAUUCUGAUGAGAUGAUUAUAACCUGUUUAAACUGAACUACGCAUUUGUUGUUGAACAAUAGAGCAUUUGGUGCAUUUGCAUUACUUUAUAGAUAUUUUCAUACCAAUGUUUAUAAUGUUAUUUAUUUAUUAACCUGUAACUGCUGAACGCUGUUAUAUUCUUCUUAGAUUUUGUAAUGUGUCAAGCUUCGAAAGAGUUAUGAUUUGUAAUGAAUAUUUCCUCUAUAGACAAAUGUUUCUGGGGUUUGUUUUUGAAUUAUACAAAGUGAUAUGUCAAUAAUAUCAGCUAGGAAAUAAUUUCUGAAUUUUAUGACAUUUACCUUAUUUGAAAUAUUAGCACAGAACCUAUAAUCUCACUUUUAUCAUUCACCUGAUUGAAAGUGCCAUAUUAAUGCACAACUUGAUAAGAACCUACAUUUCAUGAAUUGCUUUCAGAGAUAAUCAAUGGAUGGCGAUUGUUGAUUUUUAUCACUUGUUAAAUUAUAAAAAUCUGUAUAUGCUGAUCAUUAAGUAAUUUAUAAAUAAUUUGAUACAAACAGUAGUAUCAGAUGAUGUGUAUUUUAUUGAGAUAGAUAUGUAUAUGUUUUAUUAGUUAAUAUUAUUUAUAAAUUAUAAAUCAAAUUUUAUUAUUGAGUCGUAUAACUUGUUGUAUAAAUAGACUAGAGACAAUGAAAUUAUUUUAAAUUUAUUGACUUAUUUUAUCUUUAAAUAAAAAGACGAUAUACACAUCAAUACUAUUGUAAACAUUUACUAUGUAGAUAAUUCAUUCUCUCUCUGGGAUAUAUGCUAGCUCAUUCUCUAAUCAUAUUGAGCUUAUGAAAACUACAUCUAACCCAAGUGUUGGGGGGCCGAAUGGUUAGCAUGUGCGCACUCUAUCAUAAGGUCAACUGGCAUGGUUUUGAUUCCCCAGUUGUACGUGACAAGGAGUAGAGUCGCCUGUCCAUCCUUGUGGGUUUUCCCCAGGUCCUCCGGUUUCCUUCCACUGCUAAAGACCCCUACGUGCAAGCGAAUUAUUGAAAUGAAAUAAAACCAUGUUAAACCCGAAAUGACCUGGUUUGUGUCGAGUGGACGUUAAACCCCAUUUCUCUCUCUCUGAAGCAAGAAUCUAAAGAAACUCAAACGGUUAAGCUGGUGAACCAUACUCCUUGCUAUGUAUUAUCAGGGGAUUAAAUUCAUACUUUUGAUCUGUGAUAUAACACCUUCAUUCGACCACAUAGAAACCAAUCCCACUUGACAUAAAACUUUAGUUAAAGCGGCAUUAGGUAACAUUAGAGAAAGAGCGGACAGUUCUCGCUAUAAUAGUUAAAAAAAUAGAUAAUGAAAUGAGA